AAUAGAAAUAAAGUUCAGUCAACCUAUAAUCUUUUUAAGGCCCUCCAAACAUUGGUCAUUCGGUUUUUAGACUCGUAUCUUUGGAAUGAUAUGACUUGCAUCAACCAGAAAGACAUAAAAGAAGUCAAUGUUCAAGUCGCAAUAAUGGCAAAGAUCUACGCGGCCGCACAUCGCGUCAUUAUAUGGCUGGAGAAAAGUGACGAGGAAACCGAACGAUGCCUCCAUCUCCAUCGGCAGAUA